AUGCUUACAGGAACUGGUUUCAUCAAACAGAUGAGUGAUUGGAAACUCUUUGAUAGUCUUACUUAUGUUUCCGGUCUAUCUGGUGGAAGCUGGAUACUGAUGGAUCUUAUCACACACGAUUUUGAGGUGGAUCUCAUGUUGACAGAUUGGAAUUUGGAUGAUGGACUUUUGCAGGGGAUUCCUGAUUUUGUUGUGAGGCAGAAAGAUCUUGUCUCUGGUAUUGAAGAGAGUGAUUUGACAGAGGAGGCCCUGCUCAAGAGGGAUUGGAGUGGAUUUGAUAAUGAGGAGUUUAGAGAAUUUCGAGAAAUUUUGGAUAUGGAGGUUGCUCUCUUCGACGAAGAAACAAACGACGAGGGCUUGGGUAAGAGAAGUCUGAAUCCACUUUUGAGGUUACGGCAAUUAUUGUUCGACGAUGAUGAUGAAGUGGAGGAGCCUUUGAAAGGGUCUUUAAAAGACAAGAACGACACAGCACAGAUCAAAUCAUGGAAAUCUGUUAAGCGGAUAAUUCAAUUUUACAUUGACCUUCAUAUGGAGGUUAGACCUAAAAAGAUGAAGGGGUUUCCAGUUUCGUUCACAGAUUAUUUGGGUAAAGCCUUCAUAAGGAAUUUGGGAAGCAAUGUCACUAAUAUGCUGAACGGCUCUUCAUUCUCUCGUUUAUUCAGAGAAUCCAAAAGCUUUAAAGAUUUCAAGGCUCCGAUACCCAUAGUCGUUGCAAAUUGUAAAAAUGAGCGACUAAAGAAUGUAAUUUUCGAGUUUACCCCGUUUGAAUUUGGAUCUUGGAACCCGUUACUACGCUUAUUCGUUAAAUUAGAAUAUUUGGGCUCGAGAAUCAGAAGUGGCAUAGCCGAACGUUGCGUCAAGAACUUUGACGACGUUGGAUUCAUUACCGCCACUUCAUCUUCGAUCUUCAACAAUGCUCUAAUUUACAUCUGGAACAUGACUGCAAAGUCAUCUAGAGAGACUGUGAAAGCAAUAAAGACUAUCAUGGGUUUGUUCGGACUGGAGAUGGCUGGCACCGAUUCAAACGAUGUCAGAUCAUCAACUCUAGACCAGAUCAAAGCUGAUUAUGCUGUUUAUCAUCCCAAUCCAUUUUUUAACUACCCCGGAGUAGACAGCAUACUUACUACUAAUGACCACCUAUAUCUUGUUGAUGGCGGCGAAGAUGGGGAGAACAUUCCCCUACGGCCAUUGCUGAUCCCCGAGCGGAAAGUUGAUGUAGUCCUCAUCCUGGAUUCGAGUUCUGACAAUCAAAACUUCCCUGAUGGAAGAAAGCUGAAGAAUGUGAUGAACCAAUUGAACCCUGAGAAGGCAUGGUCUUUUCCGGAGUUAGAGUUCCCACUUGAACAUCCAUUAGCAUUUGGCUGUUUCGAUAAAGAUCAUCCUCUCCUUCUCUAUUUUUCCAAUGGUCAACACAGCUAUCGAUCCAACACUUCAACAUUCAAGAUCGUAUACGAUGAAAGCGAGAUAGGUAGGAUGCUGAUGAAUGGUCGAGAAGUCUUCAGUUCGGAUUUUGAUGAGCAUCAUAGAAAUUGCCUUGGCUGCCUCUUAAUCAAGAGGACGUUAGAUCGUUCAGCAUAUUUGUCAGAGCCAAGUUUCUGUCGUGACUGUUAUGAUGAAUAUUGUUUCUGA